ACCAUCUUAAGAAGCUCCGAGAGAGACAGCCCCGGCCUACAGCAGUGAGCAGAAAUCGGCCAUAGAGCAGGAGUCAGUGGGACGCUGCAAAUGAGAUUCACUGUAUCCUGAGAUUUAAUAGAUUUUAUGGUGCUGAUACAACAUGGAAAACCUCAGAAGAGAGGUCAUCACACAGUUCAUAAGGAGAUCUUUGUAAAACCAGUCUGAGAGUGGACAUACUGACUCCAACAUUUUGUGGGUGUUUUGGAUAGUGUUCUACUCGUACUUGCUGAUUUGAAAAGUGAUGCCAUCAGCACAUGGACAAAAUAAUAUCAUGGAAAAGCAGAAAUCAGUGAAUAGUGUUGCUUCAGCACAGUUGGGUGGAGAAUCAAGUACUUUCAUCUGCACUGAGUGUGGUGAUGGGUUCAGUCAGUACUCAAAUGUGCUGGCCCACAUGGCCAUUCAUGGACCUUUGGAGUCAUUUUCCUUGGAUGGCUCAUCUAAUGGAUUUGAAGUCCCACGAGAAUAUGUGCUACAAGAAAAUGGCACAUUGACAGUUGUGAAUGGCUUGGCACAGUCACAGUCUUCUGUGAAACCUGUAUCUCCGGGAGUCCUGCCAGCGCAUUUCCCAUCCCCUACUAAACCAGUGUCUCCAACUUUAAGGCCACACCCUUCCCCUUACAGAGAUGUAUUUAGGCCAAGGCCAACAGACUUGACCUUGGACAAGUCUCGUCAGGGCCAUUACCGUUGUGAAAUAUGUAGCAGAUCAUUUAACAGCCUACAGAGUUUACAUCGUCACCAACAGUAUCGAAACACAGAGCGAGGUUACAAGUGUACUUUGUGCUGUAAGAUCUUUGAAGGUAGACAGGACCUUAAGAAACACCUCCAGGACCAUGCCAGUGAAAGGUUUCACUGCUGUGUUCAUUGUGGUAAGCGAUUCCUUAAAGUGGAUGCACUUAAUGCUCAUCAAAAAGAAAACCACUUCUCCUCCAGGCCUACAGUUUUGGGUAAAUCAGAGAAUAAGCAGGAAAAAAAGUUUGAGAAAACAUAUCCUUGUAGGAAGUGCAAGUUGAAUUUUUUCUGGAUGUCAGAUUUUCAGACACAUUCACUGUACCAUUGCAAAGGAAAAGAACCUGAUGUUACUUUUGCAUCUGAAAUUGAAAUCGAAGUGAACUCUAAAAACAUAGACACUGCACUUGAAAACUGCCACAGCAAUGGCACAUCUAUUGAUCUUAAGAAUGGGGAUACUAAAAUCUUUAGGGAUACUAGCAGUGAGAUUGAUACAGAAUACUCUUUCACACCAUACAGAUGUGGUUUAUGUGGGGAUCGUUUCCAAAAGUUAACAGCUCUAAAGGAGCAUCAUCUCACACAUCAAACUCAGGAGGAAAUAGAUCAGCUGAAUCAAGAAUCACAAAGAACUUUUAAGCGAAGAAUGCCGCCUAAAGGUAGACGUAGAAGAGGUGGUAAUCCAAAUGGCAAGCUGCAUCCUUGCAAGCACUGUCAUCGUGUCUUUAAUCAUUCUAGUAGUUUAUCUCGGCACAUGAGAUACCAUAAGGGUACUAUGCACACAUGUGUAUUUUGUGGUAGGCAUUUUCCACAGCGCUGUGAUUUGAGAAGGCAUGUAGCCAUGUACCACAAAGCCGAAUUGGAAAAGAAACCAGGUUUGAAACACUUGUAUACAGCUCCACAAAAUGGGCCUACCCCCAAUUCUCUUAAUUGUGAGAAAAACCCAAGUUCUCCCGACGAGAAAACCAAGAGCUCCUCUGACAAUGAACAAACCACAUCACCAGAGCAACUUCCUAAGGGGAAACAAUCAGGAAAAGCAGGGCGAGUUAACUACAAGUGUCAGGAAUGUGGAAAGAGAUUUGGGCUGUUAUGUGUGUACCAACGGCACUUGCGUUAUCACAAAAAGGAACCUAGCAAGUGCCCCCGAUGUCCAGCUCAAUUCAGGAAUUCUUCAUCCCUUGAGCUUCACCUUCAAAAUCACCCAAGCACAGGAGAAGCAGAUGAUGCUGGACAAACUUCCCGCUGCACUGGCACUGAUGGGGACCAUGUCCUUGAAAAGGAUAAUGCAGAGGACAUAGAGGAUGACUAUAUGGACCAUACUCAAAAUGAUAAAGGAAAUUCUUCAGAGGUUCUUUACGAAUGCACUGAGUGCACUGAGACAUUCUCAUGCUUGGAGACAUUUCUUCAGCACCAGACUACUCAUGGCUCAGAAAACAACGGGUAACUAUCAUGUCAGACUUAUUAGUCAUUGUUAUUGCCAACAAUCAAGCUCUCAGGAGUUGAGUGUUUUUGACUCUUUUGAAUGCAAAUAUUUGAAUAACUGUAUAGGUUAAGAAUUGAUGUAACGUUUGUAAAGGUUAUUUUACAUAACUACUUUUAUACACUUUCUCUGGCAUGAGGAGAAAAAUUCUUUUCAUUGGUGAAUUUGAAACCAAUGGAAGCAGGGAGUAAAGCUUGGGUGAGAAUACCAAAUGACUUGAAUAUAUCUCAAAAUAAACUGAAAAAAAAAAUGGACAACUGCAGCAUACGUCUGAUAUGAGUAAAAUGCAAGUUCAAACGUUUUACUCUUCCACAGGCUAUGGUUGUAGUUAAUUUGAAAGUCCCACCAAUUGUUGACUGGCUAGGAUAAAUAUAUUGCUUUUUAUUGUAUUUUUUAGUGGCUACCCAUGCUGUUAUUGUCAAUUGAAUUGCUGCAUUUUUCAUUGUUUUUACUAGCAAAUAUGUUUGAAAUUUUCUUUUAAUAUAUAUAUCGUAUGUGUAUACUGUAUCUUCCGUUUUUUUUUUUUUUUUAAAAGGAUAGCAUUUCCCCGGAGUAGAUUUUUAAUUAUGCCAUUAAAAUUUUACAGAGAAAUUACUUAAUGUGGUAUCAGUUUUCCUUGUUAACAGUAAGAAGCCCUCAUUGACUACAUAUUUUUGUUCCUUAUAUAGUUCAGGUGUCUUAGUUCACAUUUUUAUGGAAUUGUGGUAUAGCCAGUUAAAGGCAACAGCACAGAGAGGAGUCCUUGUGUUCAGUCGAUUUUAAAUGUGGAGUCAGUAAUUGUAGAUCAGAAAUGUAAGGAAAUAUAUUAGCUACUCGAUUUCAAAUAUACUGGACAAGGUUCUUGAGAUUUUUGUGACGUGCAUUUCAUAAACCGUUCCGGUGACUGACUCAAUAUUAGUAUGUCUAGCCCCUAUUAAAAAUUUGCUUAAUGGUGGCUCCUAGUGGUAGUCUCAAAAAGACUCUUCUCAGUAAGUGUGGGCACUAAA